AUGAUCUGCUUUAGCAGGUAGAUUCAGACAAGUGAAAUAUUGGUGCUAAGGCCAGACGUUGAGUAGGCUAGCAACUUAGCAAAGGAACAAAUGCUGCUGCUGAUACUAUGGAAACUAAACCUUUAGUGACGAGAGAUGGUAAAUAUGCAAGCUACUAUGGUACAGGUUUUGGAGGGGAAUGAUCUGCUUGUUUGGGGGCAGCUUUGUUUGGAUCUGGAACCAGCACUGGUGAAAGGGACAUGGGACUCUUCUUUGGGGCUUCCAGUAAGCACAACACAACUGAUUUUGUGUUUGACAGCACUGAAAGGGACUGUAGGUUUUCCCAAUUCACAAAUACUCUACUACAGGCCUAUAACUGGAAAUUACAAAAGGUGUUGCACUUUCGGUAGAAGCUACAAAAACUUUGCUAAUGAGGAUGUCUAAUUCAGUUACUGUAAAGGAAAACACCAUUACAAUGAAAGGUUCAGAGGCUGAAGAGUAUGAUACAAUACCGUCGAGUAUUUUGAGAAAAUCAGAAAGCCAAGAACAAAUGGAGUCAGAGAGAGUCGAAGGGAACAGUGACAACAAAAAUGAAUCUCAGCGACAAAUGCAUACUCUUGGACAAUCAGGAAAAAGGUCAAAGUCUAAUACAAAAUUAAAGCUAGUUCGGAGCUUGGCUGUGUGUGAAGAAUCUUCACCUCCCCCAGUUGCAGAACUGCAUCAAGAAUGCCAGAUACAGUUCAUGCAAUCAUUUGAUAGAGAAGAAUCACCUAUUAAAGAUGAAGAUGAGACAGAAAACAACACUGAUAAGAUGGAUAAACCAGAUAAAAUACCCCGCAAAAUGUUGUCAAGAGAUUCAAGUCAAGAAUACACUGAUUCAACUGGAAUAGACCUACAUGAGUUUUUAGUUAACACUUUAAAAAACAAUCCCAGGGACAGAAUGAUGUUGCUAAAGCUUGAACAAGAUAUCUUGGAUUUUAUUACUAAUAAUGAAUCUCAACGAAGAAAAUUUCCCCCAAUGACAUCUUAUCAUAGAAUGCUGCUACACAGAGUAGCUGCAUAUUUCGGCUUGGAUCAUAAUGUUGACCAGACUGGAAAAGCUGUAAUUAUUAACAAAACAAGCAAUACAAGAAUACCUGAUCAGAAAUUUUGUGAGCAUUUUAAAGAUGACAAAAGUGAUGAUUUCCAAAAACGGUACAUUCUUAAACGUGAUAACUCCAGCAUGGACAAAGAUGAUGGCCAGAUGCGUAUUCGUUUAAAAGAGGAUAGAAGAAGCAAAUCAAUAGAAGAAAGAGAGGAAGAAUAUCAGAGAGUUAGGGAAAGAAUAUUUGCACAAGAUGCUCUGUAUAUUCAGGAAAAUUAUCUGCCAGAUAAAAGAAUCAAGGAAGAGGAUGCUUCUAAUAGUACACAACAAAGACGACAAAUAUUUAGGGUGAACAAGGAUGCAUCAGCACGUUCAGCUAGUAGUCGACAGAGCAGUACAGAGAACGAGCUAAAGUAUUCUGAUCCUCGACCCUGGAGCAGCACAGACUCUGACAGCUCCAACCGUAACUUAAAACCAGCUAUGACAAAAGCCAGCAGCUUCAGUGGCAUUUCUGUGCUGACAAGAGGGGACAGCUCUGGAAGCAGUAAAAGCACAGGCAGGCUCUCAAUGACAGGUUCUGAGUCUUCUAGUAGUGUAGGGUCGUCUACGGGUUCGCUCUCUCGCACCCAGCAGCCACUUCCUGUUACAGCUUUAAGCCAGCCUACCCAUGGUGCUCCUGCUGUCUAUCCUCCUGUCAGCACUAGUAAUUCUGUUUCCUUUGAUGGUGGCAUGAAUGGACAAGUGUCCUCAACAACUAGCACUAGCUACUAUUUGCUUCCGUUGGAAGCUACAGGGAUACCACCUGGCAGUGUUCUGAUCAACCCACAUACAGGUCAGCCAUUUUUUAACCCUGAUGGCACUGAAGUUGUGUACAACCCUGCCAUUGCACAACAGUCUGUAAGGACCCCUAUGCAGCAGCCCCCUCCACCUCCUCUACAACAACAACAACCCUCUAAUCAUAUUCUUUCACAGCCAAUUCAGCCACUCCAGUCUUCUACUCAGCCUGUCCAGUAUUCUGCAAUUUCUUACCCACCUCCGCUCCUGACAGUCUCUUCUAACCAGCAAUACACUGUGCAAGAUAACCUUGGUGUGCAAUUCAGUCAAUUGAGCAUUGCCAGGCAGCCUUCCAGUGAUGCUUCUGAUGGACACACUGCCAUGUUCCCCUCAUCAGUAGUUCUUCAGCCUCCUCAGCAAGCAGGAUACAUUGUAGCUCAACCGGGACAACCUGUUCCUGCUCCAACAUACUGUUCAACUGGCCCUCCUGUGAAUCAGCAAGUUGUUCAGCAGCAAGGAUAUAUGCAGCAGAUGCCUACUUGUUACUGUACGCCUAAUCAGUAUUCGCACUCCAACCAGCAGUAUCGCCCAGUUACACCAGUCCACUACAACACACAGCAAAACCAGCCUGUACUACACACCACACAGCAGGCAGCAUUCCAGGCAGUGAUGCCUAAUCAACAACAGAGUUAUCCAAAUGUUGUAGGAAUGCAGCAAACACAGAAUCAAAACAUGGUCAACAAUCAGCACAGCAAUAUUGGAAGUCAAAUGCAAAGCAUGAUGGUACACUAUCCUUCAAUGCCAUCUUACCAGGUACCAGUGCCUCAAGGGUCUCAAGGUAUACCACAACAAACAUAUCAACAGUCAGUAAUACUCUCAAAUCAGACAAACCAAGGGCAUAUACCUGCAUCAGGAGUACCAGUUUAUUAUAGUGUUAUGCCACCUGGACAACAAAAUAACAUUAGCACUUCAGUAACAUAUCUACAGCCACACGGAUCAGAACAGAUGCAAUUUCCUCGAACUACGUCUCCAUGCAGUUCACAGCUUCAGGGUUUACCAUGUACAGCUGUGGCACCACCUCAUGGUAGUGGUAUGGUGAUGAUGCAACUAACUUUACCCCCUAAUCCUCAGCCAAGGGCACAUUCUCCACCUCAAUGGAAACCCAGCAAAUACUAUAGUCUUGACCAUCAAAGAGGGCAGAAAUCUUCUGAUAUCUGUAAUAUGGAUAGUACAACACAGAGCAAUCCUCAGCUUGGAAGUCCAGCCAGUUCACCUGUUCAGUCCCCUGCUCCUUCUCAGCUUGUAAAUAUGAAAAGUAUCCGUCCUGGUGUCUCCCCCAUUUCCGUUAUGCCACAGUUUCCAAGACCCUUUGUUUCUGGACAAGGUGAUACCAGAUAUCCACUUCUAAACCAGCCUUUACAAUAUAAUCACACAAUCCGUCCACCAGUGCUUCAUGGACCACAUAUUGUUCCAAACCAUCAGAGUCAAUCAGGAAUCCGACAUGGAAGCAGAGGAAAGAAACCAACCCGUAAAGCACUAUCUACCGAUCUUGGUGUGGGUGACGCAGCAGUUGGGAGAGUAUUAGAAGUUACUGACUUGCCAGAAGGAAUAAGUCGUACAGAAGCAGAAAAGCUGUUUAGUGAACUCUGUAAAGUCGGAGCAAUGAUGAAGUGGAUACCAGAUCAUCAGCCUCAACGACAUCUUUGUGGAAGUGGAGACAAUAAUGCAAACAUUGACCAUUCAAAAUCAUCCAAUGACAUGGCUUCCACGUACACAAUACUAGCUCUGUUCCCAUCAAAACUGGCUGCUCAGAAUGCAUUGAUGAAACAGAACAAUUCCUUAAACAAAUUUAAGCUCAGAACCAGCAAGAGACACUAUGAAUUUCAUAAUUUGGAAAGGGCAAGCUCUCAGUAGCAGCCACUACAGAAUUGGACUUUGUAGCCUUGGUUUCUGCCAGUUACAUUUGUUCCCUCCAAUACAACACACCAUUUGGCUUAUUAUGGGUUUUCAUUUGAGUUGUAAAGAUUUUGGGAAUGUGUUCCUAAUGUUGUAUUUCUAGCAAGCGAUCUAGCAGUUUGUUCAAACAACAGCUAAAAACAUUAUCCCUUAAUUUUUAUUUUGUGACAUACUGGAGCAUAUCUAAGGGCAGCAUUCUUUUUGGUUUUCUUUUUAUAAUAUUUGAAAUCUUAUAUCAGAUCCAAAGCUCCUUUGUACAGCAGCAUUUUUUUCCAAUAGCAUUACAUUGUGUUUUUCACCCACAACAAACAAUAAAUAAACAAACAAAGAAAUGGAAGUUAAUUUGAACGAAAUACUGUUCUUCCUGUCAAGUAUAAAAUACAUGUUUGGCAAAUGUUACUUGAAUGUAGAUAAUUGUAUUAAACAGUAACAACAAAAUCAUAGUCUUGUAAGUAUUCACACGUAUAUCAGUAAAAGUAAGUGUAAUGAAAACCAGAAAAUUAUACAAUAUAUAAUAUAAUAUAUACUAAGCAGUCUGUAUCCCCCUUUCUACAGAUUUCAUAUUCUAUUGAAGAUCUUCAAAAACACAUUUACAGAUUAAUUUAUGUAUCUAAGCAGAAAGAGUCACAAAAACACUCUACAGUCUACAUUUAAAUUAAUGAAUCAUAAUUUAUUUUAUCUUCCCCCUAACGUAAGGAUUCAGCAGGGUUGUAUACUGUUUGCUGAUGAAAGCAAAUUUUAGUUUCAGUUUGUGUUUAUAAUUUCAGUAAGUGUUUAUAAAUACCCAGUCUUUUUUUUUUUUUACACAGCAUGGUCAGAAGUUUUGAUCUUUGAUCUAUUUGUAAAUGUUCAUAAUUUUUCAGGCCUGCGUUUUAGUAGUGUUUAAUGUCUGAAAGAUAUUUUCAAAGUAGUGGUCUAUGCCUGAAGUGAUACAAGCAGUACAAAAAUAUGCCUGUAUCAGUUAUACAAUAUUCCUUUCAAAUUGAAAGGCUGAGUACCAUAAGUUUUGGAUUUAAUAUAAAAAGUUAAAUAAGUUUUUAGCAUUGCACAUGUAGUUUAAUUUAAAAAAUCAUCCUUGCAGUUGACCAGUGUCCUGUUCUGAGUUGAUUCCUGCCAUGAUAGGGUUUUGUUUCUUAUGACCCUGUGUUGGAAAAAGUGGGUUCAGAAAUUGUGCAAAUAAAUAGACAUUUAAUAAAUCUUUAUUGGACCUAUAUGAUAGUUAUACUGUGAUGCCAGAAAAAAACAUUCUAGCUCAUAUGUUGAAGCCAGUUAAUUUGCUUUGUUGUCAUUUUUUAGAUAAGCAAUAACCUACUGUCUAGGUUAAAAAUAAGUUACACCUGCGUUUCUAGCUCAUUAAAUUCACCUAGCUUUUUACAUUAAAUUUUUGAUUGUAAGAGUGAAUUCAUGGGACACCAAGCCAAGUAUUCCAAGUGGAAAGAAAAUUAUUGUAGCAUUUGUCAAUAGUUGGGAGGCUGUUAUCUUAAACUGAAGUGACAUAUUAGAUUUUUCUUUUCUUUUCCAGAAUGCUGGUAAGAGUGGUAGAAAUUAUGUACUCUAUGAGGGAUUGAUAUUAAUGAUAACUGCUUAUGGAGACAUAGAAAUAUUUAAUGUGCAAGCAGGUCUUUAUCAUGAUGUAGCUCUUUGCUGUUUCUUCAUCUUUGUGGUAAUUUUGCUUAAUAAGGUCACAUUUUAUUAACAUUUGACAUUUUAUUAAUUUUAUUAAAGUCAAAUAACAUUCCAUACAAGCAAGUCAAGUUUAACAAAACUAGGUUAGAAACAAAUCAACCCCCACCCAUGAGAAAGAGAGCUAGGUCAGCAGAGUAAAACUUUAAUAAUAGUAAAAAUAUGUAGAUAAAUAAAUUAAUAAAAAUAAAUAGAAUUUUUUUAAAAAAAGAGGGGAGAGAAUCCGCUUCCUCAAUGUUUUAAAUCGGGGUGUCCAACUCCAGUCCUGGUGGGCCGCAGUGGCUGCAGGUUUUCAUUCUAACUCUUUUCCUAAUCAGUGACCAGUUUUCACUGCUAAUUAACUCUCUUUGCCCUUCAUUUUAAUACUUCUGUUUUUAAGGAUUCAGUCCUCCGAGUUGAUUUGCUUCUUCAUUAAAUGGCAGCCAAACAGAAAUGAGAUGUGAAACGAGCCAACAAAUGACCAGCUAAGUUGUAACGUCAAACUCCUGCCAAUUUCACUCCAACCAGUUUCUUAAUGAGAAGCCAAUUCUUGCUGUUACUUAAAGCUGUUAUUGAAUAUCAGGACUUGUUGCUGCUCUCAUUCUGCCACAGCAGACUGUAGAUUUUCUGUUUUUUCUAAGACCUCUGUCAAGAUGUUUUGGUGACCUGAGUAGACCAACAUGCCCGAGACCUUCACCUUUCUUUAUUUUCAGGUUAGCUGGUCGUUUGGCGGCUUGUUUUGUGUCACAUUAUUGUUUGGCUGCUCAUUAAGAAAAAAGAAACAACUAAGAGGCCUGAGUCACAUCAAUUAAAACAAAGGCAAAACAAGUUAAUCAGCAGCAAAAACUUCUCACUAAUUAAGAAGACGGUUAGAAUGAAAACCUGCGGCCCACCAGGAAUGAUGUUGGACACCCCUAUUUUAAAUGCUUGUUCUAAAAUUUUAUUGAUCAGAUCCUGCCAGGUUUUUAAAAGGUUUUGUACAGAUCCUCUAAGUGAGAAUUUGAUUUUUUUUUUCCAAUUUUAGAUAAUAUAUAACAUCAGUUACCCACUAACUAAAAAGAGGUGAGUUAGAAUUCUGCCAGUUGAGCAAAAUAAGCCUACAUGCCCAUAAUAAUAGGGUUAUCAGAAGUUAUGAAUUCUGGGAUCUCUUAUGUGCUGAUGACCUUGUGAUCAUGACAGAGUCAGAAAAAAAAUUGCAGAGGAGAGCAAAGGGGCAAGGAGCCUUGAAAUUGAGAAACAGUGCUGUGACAUGGACAGUGACCACAAAAGUGUAACACAUCAAAGUUUGGAGGGGGGGGGUUACCACGGAGUAUUGAAUAAUUAUUUUAAUUUUCCCACUAAUUCUGAUCUACAAUAAAAGAGAGGGUCUGCAUCAUUCUAUUUCUUAGCCAUCUCCGAGAAGUAACUUAUUCCUGUGUUGCCGAACAAUAGGUCUAGACACCUGCCUAGUGUUGAUUUCAAGUAUAGCAUAGGUUGGAAUAUAGAUGUAUAAGUACUUACCACAAAGAAGAAGUAAAGCAGAAAAAAGGGGGAAAAUAGGACAUUGCCAAAAGAAAAAUUAAAGACCAUAUAAAACUUCAAAAGUAGAAAUUGGACAAGGGCCUCAGGUUACAGAAAAAUAACUUUUUGCCAAUGUGGCUUUUAUGAUUGGCGGUAGACAGCAUUUUCAGGUUGUUAAAUAUAUAUAAUAAGCAUUUGUCAAAGACCGGAACAACUUUGUGAAUUUCCCAUUGGGAUUAAUAAAGUAUCUAUCUAUCUAUCUAUCUAUCCAUUUAUAUGUAGUGAAACUGGAAUGUGCAGCCACCUUUAUAAUUUCUUACAUAACCUAUUGAGCAAUUCAACACAUUAGGUUAGGCUAAGAUUUAUACAUAUUUCCAGGAAAUACAGUUUUGAAUAAGUCAUGAACCUGUCUAUGUUAUUAGGUUUUUCACUGAGUGAAUAUUAAAUUGAGGAAACCUUGUUGUUUCUCCAUCUUGUGAGAGUCCUUGGGUUAAUGCAGUAAAACUGGUUAAUGACUUCUUAAGCAGAAUAAAAACUGCCAAAGACUGGGAUGUCAUAUAAAAGCAUGUACACAGCAUAGAACAAAAGGUAAGGCUAAUAACAUUUACAAAUCUUGAAAUAACAUCCUAUCUCCUCUUAGUCGUAAAUGCAGAGGUCCUAUAAACUAAUUUAAAACUUUUUUCUUUUGUAAAUACAGACCCAAAAUCAAGAGAGUCACUUUAUGAACACUGCUGUUAUGAAAUGUGCUGUCAAAUUUGGGAAAUGUGCAUGGUGCUGUCAGUUGAAGAUUCUUUGUUGUCAUUUAGUAACAAAAAUCAAUUCUUCUCUUUUUUAAAUGUUUUAUAUCUUUACAUUUAAAUUAGGAAGAGGUAUUUUUAAAUUAAAAUGGUGACAGAGUGGUCAGUGCUACUGCCUCUGUGUGAGCGUGGAUUUGUGUCUGAAAGAGACCUCCGAUGAAUUGGUGCCUUCUACUAGACUGGUUCCUUCCUUGUACUAUGUUUUGCCAGGAUACGCUAGGGCCCUUCUCGACUUGGAAUUGGAUUAAGAUGGUUUGACAAAUUUAUGUUAUGUUUAUGGGGACAUCAUUGUCACAUGUACAGAAUACAGUGAAAUCUUACUUAUAUAUGCUAAUAUUGUAUGCAGGCAGUUUGGAGUAGUGAACAGACUUUGGAAUUCCAACCCUGAGGCUGUGGGUUCAAAUCCUGCUAUUGACAAUGUGUGACCAUGAGGAAGUUACCUGCCUACAUGUACAUUUACAAGUAUUUGCAGUGCAGACACUUUUAUCCAAAGUGAUUUACACAACCUGCUUGCGCUUCAGUUGUAUCCAAUUGUAUCUCAGCUGUUGCCUCCAAUAAAGGCAUCAGAAAAUCCUAAUCAAAUCAUAAGUACAAAAAUAUUAAAUAAUAAUCAACAUGCAACAUGUUAGCAUAACAACCUUACCUUGAAACUAUAGUAACCCCAGUAUGAAGAUACUAUUAUUUUCUUGUCAAUUCCCACCACAUCUGUGUAUAAACACAUGAAAUUUCUGUGUAACUGAUGUAAAAAAUAAUAUAUAUCUGCCCAGGUAUUAAAAGGUUUAAGAUUGUAUGAAUAUUCAUCUUUAUUAUAUCUGAAGAUUUUCUUACCUUUAGUGACGUUUUGAGAAAGCAGAUGUGCUGUACAAUAAAUAUAGUAUUUUGUUCGAUUUUGUAGUGAAUAGUGUUUUUAUUCACUAGAAAACCAUUUUAUUGUUUAUCCAUGCAUUCUAAGACCCACUUAAUCCAUUUCUAGGUUAUGGGAGCCACAGCUUGUCUCAGCAGUAUUAGUGGCAAGGAUAGAACACAUUUUGGACCGGGCACCAGCUCAUUAUAGGUCUUAUAUAUGUCAGUACCCACGCGGAAACAGUUUAGAGGCACCAGUCUACUUAGCCUGUAGCUGUUGGGGAUGUGUUAGGUAAACUCACAUAAUCUCUGGGAUGCCGUUCUGUGAUUUAAAUUUAGAACUCUUAUGCUGUAAUCACAGGACAUUGCAUUUGCCAGAUUUUGUAUCUGUUUUGAAUAGGACUUAAGUACAUAUGGAGUAUUUUGAGAAAGGUAAUACAAAAUGAUUUGAACGUAAAAGAAUGAAACAAAAAAAACACUCUACAAUAUCUAUAAAGAAAUAUUGACAUAUACAGAAUAAUAUGAAAAUGUAACUUCACCCAUUGUCACGUCUAUAGCUUGCAUGUAUAAUAGGGAUUAAAAAGUACCCGAGAAUAAAAGGAAAUGAAGUGAGUUAAAACUGCACAAAAUGUUUGUUUUGUGUUUGUAAUAUCUAGCAUUUUUGAUAAUUGAAUAUAAAAUGUCGUUAAAGGACAAGUUUAAAUUGGUUGCUUAGGUAUCUUUGUAACAGCCUGUAUACUUUCUUUUGUUGUUAACUAAGUAUAUAAUCUUAGAUUAGAAUAAGCAGACAGUUUUAAAAGUAAUUGGAAUUGGAGUACCUUUCUCUACUGACCACAUAGCAGGUCAGAUAGAUAAACGUUGUUGUUCUCCAAGAAUACCAGAUUAGAACCAGUGUAAACUAACCUCUACAUGCAUGUUACAGAUAUGCAAGGACGAAAACCAAGUUUGAUGUCACCUGGAGUGGUGGGUUGGUAGACAUUUUUGAGAACACAAGUUUUGUCUAAAUUGUACUGGUCAAAGGGCGGAAGGCCUGAACUAAUGGAGUUGGCCCUAUACUACAUCGUUCCAUUGGUUCAAGAGGUACAUCGAGGAAAUACAAGGUUAGCUUAAGUUUAGAGCCUAUCGAAAGGUGCAGUGUCUCUGUCAUUCAGUCCAUCCAGAGGUCAUGCCAGAUCUGAGACCAGUCUACAUACUACAAUGAAGAGCUACCUGGUUAUCUGGGCAUUCUUGAAUGGUUUGACUCCUGCAUCCAGGAUGUAUUUGAUAUGAUUUGUCACACUCUUUACUCUUCUUCUGUUUUGGCCACAUUUACGAACAUUACGUUAUUAUGUAAUGUAUGAAUAAAAGUGUAAACCUUC